AUGUAAAAGUCAAGUCUCGUCUCACAAAAGAAAGAACGGGAGGAAGAACAUAUAGCUGCAAGCCGGCAACUCCCUGCGAAUUUGGAUAUAUAUACAUAGAGAGAAGGGGAAUGGAGAAUCUUCGCCAAAGACGAGCAAAGAAUCCCUAUUCUCUUCUUCUUUCUUUUGUAUUGAUCAUUGCCGUCUCUUCAUCCAUAUCCGCAACUUCACCUCUUUCUCACUCAGAUCAGGGUACAGAGCAGCAUGCAUCAAGUCCUGAACAAGACAAACCACGCGUUCAUGAAGUUCAUUGCUCCCGAGAUAGAAGCCGGGCUGCUUGGAAAGUUAUUGAGGAGUACUUAAUGCCCUUUGUGGAAAGAGAGAAGUAUGAGCUCCCUAGGCAGUGUAGACUUCAUCCAAGUAAUGAUAUUUUCAGAGAUCAGGAGGAACAUAAGAUCCAUCUUGACGUGAAUGAGUGGAAAUGUGGAUACUGCAGAAAAAGCUUUCGGGCUGAAAAAUUUCUUGAUCAGCAUUUUGACAACAGGCAUUCCAAUCUUCUGGACGUUAGUCACAGCAAAUGCCUGGCAGAUGUAUGUGGAGCUUUGCAUUGUGACCUUGUGAUGGAAUUUAAAUCCAAGAAGGCCAAGUGUAAUCCUGCGGCAGCAGCAAAAAAUCGUCAUUUAUGUGAGGGUCUUGCAGACAGCUGUUUUCCUGCUAAUAAGAGUCCAUCAGCUACUCGUCUUCAUGAACUAUUCUUGCGCCAAUUUUGUGAUGCUCACACUUGUGCGGGGGGAAGAAAACCCUUUUCUAGAGGAGGAAAGAAGCAUACAAAUCGCUUCUACUUGGCAGCUUCAGUGUUGACAUUGAUGCUGCUCCCUCUAUUUUACCUUAUUGUCUAUUUGUAUCAAAGAGAAAUGAAAAAGGGAACUCAAGAACUUAGACGCAUAACAAAAGUUGGAAGGAAAGCAAAACCUUCUUAGCUGUGUACAGCGAUGAUACUUUUUUUGACAUCUCUUGGCAACGAAUCAUUUACUGUUGCUGGAUGAUCCGAGUUCUGAUGUAGAAGACAAUGCAUAUCCUCCGUCAGCAUGGUAUAAUGCAUCUUGGCAUUUAAGUCUUGUCAGUCUGGAUAAGCCAAUAUCAUUGAAGCAGAAGCUAAACUCCUUACUCUCUGUUGUAGUACUUCUCACAGAUCCAUACAACAGUUUUCAUGGGAAGACAAUCGCAAUCAGUUGUCUCUUUAUCAAUUUUACAUUGGGGGAACAUGAAAGCUUCAUGUUGUAUGUUUCUUUGGGUAAUCUAAAGUUUUCUUUUGGGGUGUCUUGACCAACUUUAGUUGUUAUGACUGGGAAGUGAUAAGCUCGUGAAAGUGUGAGUUAGCAAAUGGAAAGACAAGGUGGCCAAUCGGUGAUCCUUUUAAUUU